UUGAGAGAGAGAGACAAAGAAGAGAAGGAUAUUCCUAUGAACCCCAAUUGAUACUUGUUAUCGAAACUCAAAUAUUGCAUUGUAGAAAGCGUUUAUCCAGAACCCACAUGUUAGUCAAAUCCAUUUCACUCUUCACUCCAUUUUCGCAUUCUCUUCAGGAACGUGUUUGAAGUAGUUAGAGGAACCUCUGAUCGAAAUGGCUCAGUUGCUAUCAUCUUCUUGCUCCUUGACUUUCUCCGCUUCAAACAAACCUUGUUUAAAACCUUUUCACCAGUGCUCAACAUCAUUUUCUAACACGGUUGUUUGUGAUAACUCCAAAACUCCAUUUAGACAGCUUUUCUUGCGAGAACAGAAACCAAGAAAAAGUUUGGCAGUUGUAAAUGCUUCUACAAUUUCAACUGGUCAGGAAGCCCCGGUUCAAACUAGUUCUGGCGACCCUUUUAAACCGAAGCGAGUAAUGGUCAUUGGUGGAGAUGGAUACUGUGGUUGGGCAACUGCCCUCCACCUUUCUAACAAAGGCUAUGAGGUUGCCAUUGUUGACAACCUUGUUCGACGCCUUUUUGAUCACCAGCUCGGACUAGAUUCUCUUACACCAAUUUCCUCCAUUCAGGAUCGCAUUCAGUGUUGGAAAUCUCUCACUGGAAAAAGUAUUGAGCUAUACAUUGGUGAUAUCUGUGAGUUUGAGUUCUUAUCUGAAACCUUCAAGUCCUACGAGCCCGAUGCUGUUGUCCAUUUCGGGGAACAGCGAUCUGCUCCUUACUCUAUGAUAGACCGGUCAAGAGCUGUCUAUACACAGCAAAACAAUGUUGUUGGGACACUGAACGUGCUCUUUGCUAUAAAAGAGUACAGAGAGGAUUGUCAUCUAGUUAAGCUUGGGACAAUGGGUGAAUAUGGAACUCCAAAUAUUGAUAUUGAGGAAGGUUAUAUUACCAUUACUCACAAUGGAAGGACAGACACUUUGCCGUAUCCAAAGCAAGCUAGCUCAUUUUAUCAUUUAAGCAAGGUACAUGAUUCCCACAACAUAGCUUUCACUUGCAAAGCUUGGGGGAUUCGGGCAACUGAUCUGAAUCAAGGAGUAGUAUAUGGGGUAAGAACAGAUGAAACUGCAAUGCAUGAAGAGUUGUGUAACAGGUUCGACUAUGAUGCAAUAUUUGGAACUGCAUUGAAUCGGUUCUGUGUUCAGGCUGCUGUUGGUCAUCCACUCACUGUGUAUGGCAAAGGAGGCCAGACUAGGGCCUUCCUUGACAUAAGAGAUACAGUUCAAUGUGUUGAGCUUGCCAUUGCAAACCCGGCUAACCCUGGAGAGUUCAGAGUCUUCAAUCAAUUUACUGAGCAAUUUAAAGUGACUGAACUAGCUGAGCUUGUUACGAAAGCUGGCGAGAAGUUGGGCCUUGAUGUGAAAACCAUAUCAGUGCCUAACCCAAGAGUGGAGUUAGAGGAGCAUUAUUACAACUGCAAAAACACUAAACUAGUUGAUCUUGGACUCAAACCACACUUUCUUUCAGAUUCUCUCAUUGAUUCACUGCUUAACUUUGCGGUCCAGUACAAAGACCGCGUUGAUACAAAGCAAAUUAUGCCUGGUGUUUCUUGGAGAAAAGUUGGGGUCAAAACAAAAACUCUUACAUCCUAAGGUGUUUGCUUGGCUGCUGGCAUAAUCUUAUCCUACAUAAUUAUGACACUUCUUGGGAUUAGAUUGUGCUGCAUUGGAUUGAAUGUUUCAAAUUGCUGUAUUCUAGCUUUUGUACACUACAAUCCCGGGAUCGAUAUGUGAAACCUUCAUACCCUAAUGUAGAAUAGAUCUUCGGAGUUUUAAAGUGUUUUUCCUCGAGUCAUAUGUGUACGUAGGGACUGUUGUUUCGUUUACAAUUACCAUUUGUAAUAUAAUAUCAGUGUAAUGAUGCCGUUCUAUGUGUUGUUAUCAGUGUAAUGAUGCUAUUUUAUGUGUUUAUAAAAUAGUACGAUGAAAGUUUUCAAUAAAUGAGUAUGAAUUGCACUUCAUA